AUAUGUGCAAGUGGUACAAAACAUGUUUCCUUCUUCCUGCGAGUUGUAGAUUUUUGAAAGUCAGUUGUUAAGAGUUUCUUCGUGUAAUACGAGCAAGCAAUGCGGAAAACGUCGUACAAAAGAAAGAUGUUUAGUUGGUUAUGACAGUAUAAGUUUUUUGAAAGCCAUUUUAACAGGCAGUAAAAAUAGUUUUUGUUAUCAAGAAAUAUAAGAGUUCUUCAAUAAUUUAUUAUUAAAAAUGGAUUCAUUAAUGAAUGACGCUUCUCUCACAAAAGCCGAACAAGAAGAGGAAGAAAUGAGGCAUGAACUAAAAGAGGUUGGCCUCUAUUAUGAAAAUAUGGAUGUUGAAGAAAUGAGACAACUAAUAGAUGUACUCAAUGAAUCAAAAAAUGAUGUUAGGAAACAUAAUGAAGAUACAAUAGACUCCAUAUUAUUCAGUGAAACUGGAUCAAAUCAAGAUAUAACUAAAAUUAAAGAAAAUAGUACAAGGUCUUUACCUAGCUUUUCUUACAGACAAGAUGCUGUAUCUAGUACACUUACAACUCAGAAUUCUGAUCAAGAAGAAUCAAAAAAUAGCAACAACAAAAAUUUACAAACCCCAUCUAGUAAUUCAUUUGAAAAAACUUAUGGAGAUAAUAGUCAUAUUAAUGAAUCAAUUUAUAAUAAAAACUCAAACUUUAAAAAAGAUGAAGAUUAUCCACCAUUAACUAGUAGGUAUAACACUAGGAGUACUACAUCUGAUGGUCCAAGAACUCGAUCCCAAGAAAGUAAGAAAUCAUCAGUACCACCUGUUAAAAAAGCCAGCUUGGAAAGAUGGUUGUUAAAUCCUCUAGAAUUUAUACAAGAAAAUAAUAUAGCUCCAUUAUGUCAGCCUCAACAUUCAGAAAGUAAUUUUGAAGAGUCAUUAUCUUUCAUUAGUGAAAUUGUUGAUUCAGAGUCAGAAGAAUUUGAUAAAUUAUGUCAACAGAUGAUUGAAAAACUAGGUACAUAUAACAAUCAGUGUAUGAUGGAACUGGAAGCCAAAGAUAAAAAAUCAGCACCCAUUAAGAUAAAUCUUGAGGAGGCUUCAAAGAGUAAAGUUCCAGCCAAGGAAAACUCAAUCAACAAUCAAGGGACAAGCACAAGUGCAUCGCCGUCAGCUAGAAAUACUUAUGAGCGCGCUACUAAACGUAAGGCCUUAUCUACUAUUGCUGCAACUACUACUAAUGAAAAUGUUGAAAAUAGCAAUGAUGAGUACUCCAAUACCAAAAAAAAAAAAUGUCAAGAGGCGAAAAAAGAAGAGGAAGUAGUUAAAAAAAGUCAAGAAAAGCAAAAAAAUAAAAAUAAAUCUAAAUCCACUGAAGUGAUAAGUAUUGAUGAUACUAAAGAUAGUCUGGAUAUAGAAUUUGAUAAUUCAAAUUUACCUAGCAUAAGAAAAAAUUCAAAGGCAAAAGUUUCAAUCGAUAAUAAAUCUAAUGAGCAAAAUACAGAGUAUUCAAGAAGAAUUGAAUCUCCUAAUGCUGCUAAAAAGAAUUUCAAAGGUCCUAGAGCUAAGAAAAAAAAUUCCAAUCUAACACAAAGUCAUCCAGAACACGAAAAAGAACAAACAUUUGUCAGCGAUGAAGAUAUAAUUAAAACAUUGCAAGAAAUUAAUGAUCAAAUAGAUGACAACGAUUGCGUGGAAAUUACUAAGGAAAUAAAGCCACCAUCAAUGCCGAAACGGGUUACCAAAAAAUUACAAUUAGCAACAAAUCAUUUAGAAAACGUUCGUGAAUCAGAAGAGCAGAAAUUAAAAGCUGAAAAAAGAGAAGAAAGACUCAAAAUAAAUGAACUUCGUUUGCAAGAACAGGAAAACGAAGAAGAUUAUCGCUUGAAAAAUCAACAAAAAUUUGACAAACAGUGCUCUUUUUAUAAUAAUCUUUUGAGUAAUAAAUCAAAAGUUAAGAGGUCAAGUAUUCAAGCGGUAAAAACUCCAGAAGAGAUAGCUGAAGAUCUGUUGUUGGACGGAGAUGAUGAUGAACCAACGAUUACCAAAGUCAUUGAAAAACCUUUGUGUCCUAUUUGUCAAAAAUCAUUUCCUGUUGAUCAAAUUGAAACACAUGCUUCUGAAUGUGAUGCAUAUGCUAUAGAUUUAAACGACGCGUAUAAUAAACCAUCCACAAGCCAUUUCGUCGAAAUUUUCAAGUGUCUUUUUUGUGAAAAGUACGAGACUGUCGAUGGCAAUCUUUAUGAAGAUCAUGUGACCUCUUGCUCAAAGAGACCUGAACGUAUAGCGAAUGGCGGUUGGAUAUCUAAAUAAGUUUGAAACGUAAAUGUCUUUCUGUAUUAUAAAAACAACACAUAUAAAUACUAGUACAACACCAGCACAAUCCACAGAUUACUGAAGAGCAGUAAAUUUAUCAAUAAAAAGCGGUAACUAUUCCGUUAAUUUAUUAUAAAAUAUAUAAAAUAGUCAAAAAAAAUUACAAUUUAGCUUAAAAUUCAAAGUUUAUUACAAAAAAAUUAGUAUUUUCAAUUAAAUUUCAACCAAACCUAGCAUAUGUUCAGAAUGAUCACUGUCGGUGAUCUAUUUAUUUACUGUUAGGGGAAACUCGGGCAAGUCGGAUACUUUAAGGAAGAGUUGAAUAAAAAGGAACCAAGUAAAACAAACUAUAUUAGUAUAUUUUUAACGCGAAGUAAGUAUGACAACUAAUACAUUUGUGCAAUAACAGCCCUGAAAAAUUAUUUAAAUUAAUAUAAUAAAUUCAAAGCGUUUCAAAAAUCGGCAAGACGAACAUCCUUCAAGAAAAUAAACUUUGUAAUUUUUAGAGUAAAAUAGACAUAUAAAUAAAUUAGACGCGAUUUCCUUUCGUUUUUAUUUUUUUGAAAGUCGUUUUCAAAUUUUUUCAAACCUAUUUUUACAUUUAUAGACCAUUUUAAGUAAGGGAGUGUUUGUCUUGUUUGGGACCGUCAUUCUCAGUAUAUGCCAAAUAAUUUUUUAAUUUUAAUGUUAUAAAUAAUAUAAAAAAAGAAAUAAUCACAAUUUAAGAUAACGAAUAUGUUAAAUAUAACUGUUAGUAUAAAUGAAUUAAAUAUACUGUAAUCAUGUAAUGUUUUAAAUAUGUUGAAACUAUUAGACCGAAUAAAUGAUGCACUUUCAUAUAUAUACCAAAAUUCGUAAGCCGAACAUCAAAAGUAAACAAUAUCAUUUUGACUCGAUGUUACCGCUGCGAACACUGCGCACAUACUGAAAUUAUUAUUAUUACUAUUAUAUAAAGUAUAUACCUGUACGUUGUAAUAAUAUUUGCUUCAACCAAUACCAAAAUAAUAGGCCAUGUCCGUCUUGCCCGGGUCUCCCCUACUUGUAAGUUACAAAAUGUUCAUGUUAAUGUACAUUUUGAAUCUGAUAUAUAUGCUUUCCAAUGGUUUUUCUUAAAAUUAUUUUUUUUAGAGAAAUUCAUUAUUAUUAACCAGAAGCCGCUUCUAUGUAAAUAAAGUGUAUAAAAUAUUAGUUUAUGAAAUAAGAUAUGUGAUCAUUCAAUGUUUGAAACAUUGUGUUAGUGUUUAUCAAAGAUGUAAAAAAUUUUCUGAUGUUUCAGAAAACUAUAUUACAUCAUGCAAAUUUAUAUAUUUUAUAAUUAGUGCAAGCAAAUGGAAUUGUUAGAUUAUAAGAUAUCAAGUUUUGUACUUUUAAAAAACAAAUCUGAAUAUUAAUUGAUUUUUUUAUUUGGAAUGGUUUCUUGAUCCCGUCACCAAAUUUUCUUUAAUAUUGGGAUUAGAAAUUGUGGAAUAAAAUCCUUGGAUAAUAACUUUUUAUCACAUUUUUCAAUUUUCAAUAAAGAAUGUGCUAUAAAGAAUCGUUUAAUAUAAAAAUUCAUUGUCAAUAUUGUUUUAUAGAUAUUAGAGAA